AAUGCUUUAUAUAUUGGCCUUAAUGUAGUUGUUUUCUUUAGUAGUUACUGAAGAUCCAGUCGAUAAAUUGUUUGAGUUUCAAUAACUCAUGAAAUAAAAAACUAAAGUUCCAAGUAAUUGUUUUUGAACUAUUGUUUAGAACAAAAAAUUAGUGAAUAUGAUAGUUCAGAUAUAUUCAGUGAAGGCUAUAUAACAGUAAGUGACUAAUCUGAGGAUGAUGAAUAUUAACAAUAUGAUGAGAUUUAGUAAUAUGAUGAAGAGGUAGAUGAAACUGAUGAUGAAUCAGAUGAUGAGGAGAUGAUUAUUCAAUAAUAGAAAGAAUAAUAAAAAAUUGAAUAAUAGAAAAUUGAAUAAUAGAAGAUUGAAUAAUAAAGAUUGGAAUAAUUGAAAUUAGAAUAAUAAAGGUAAGAAUAGUUGAGAUUAGAAUAAUAAUUGAUAGAGUAAUAAAGAUUAGAAAAGUUAAAGCUUGAAUAACAAUAGUAGAAUGUUGAAAAUGAAAAGAAGAAAAAAUAAAUAAUUGAAAUACCAGAAGAAUGGAGUGAUGAUGAUUAAAUAAUAUAAGUUCCUAAAUAAUAAAAGAAGAAGAAAUAAAAGAAACAAGAUUUUGAUGAUGAUGAAAUAUUAGAGGUUUUAAAUUCUGCUAAAAAAACUAAAGUUUAAUCUCUUGAAGAUUUAGAAGAGAUGGAAAAGAAAAUAAUAAAAAAGAAAAAAAAGAGAGAAUAGAUUCCAUAAGAUGAAUUUGUGUAGAAGGUACCUGCUUAAAACUAAACAUUUAUUCAUUUUAAUAAUAAAAAUAAUUAUUUAGAAUUAGCACCUUGUAGCAAUAAUCCUAUUUAAUAAAGAGCAUGUAGUUUAUGUAAAAGUGAAGUUGGAUACUAAUUAGAUGAUGAUAAUUGGUAUAUGAUUGGUUUAUAACAUGGUUACAAGAAGGAAUUUCUUUUGUUAAUAGAAAUCAUUAAAUAAUCUUUUGGAGAUAGUCAAUUGUAUUUGAGUUUCUCAUCUAAUGGAUCUGCUUGUAUGACUAGUGAUACUCUCAAAUAAGAAAUAGAUGUUGAAAAUGUUUUAUAAAGGUUUUCAGGUAAAUCAUGGAGACAUUUUAUCAAGAAUGAAUUAUUUGCUCUUCCAUAAAAGUUGGAAGGUAGAAGUUUUUAAUUCAAAGCAAUUUAUCAAAAUAAACAAUUUACAUUUUCAGAUUUUGAAAUUAAAUUUACAUCUAAUCUAAUAUAAGAAUUAAAGUCUUUAUCUAAAUAAGAAGUAUCUAUUAGAACUAAUACAGUUGAAUUCAUUGGAGAAUAAGUAAAAAUAUUAUUAAUUAAAUAGUUGUAAUGCACAUUAACAGGAAUGAUGAAAUAAUAAAAUGACGAAUUACCAUUCUCCUUAAAAUUUAAGAAUGGUGAAACAAUAUCAGAACUUCUAAUUCCAAAUUGUUAGAUUCCAUUACAUAAUGAAAUCUUGUAUGGAGUUUCAGAUUUAUAUUUUGGAGAGUAUUUUAAGGAGACUUUACAAUAAAAAUUGAAAGGAAAUUUUAGAGGAGAUUUUAAUGCCACGACUUCAUUUGAGAAUGGAAAAUUGAAAGUGAGAUUGGCAAUGAAGAAAUUUAAUAAAUGAUU